AUGCCAAGGAGAAAGAAAGUGACACUAAAACUGAUAGAGAAUUUUGUGGCAAGAAAAGCUCGUUACAGAAAAAUUCGAGAAAAUUUAUUGAAGAAGAUGGAAGAUAUUACCACCCUUUGUGAUGUGAAUGCAUGUGCAAUCAUCUAUGGCCCAGGGGACAACGUGCCAACUGUGUGGCCAUCCCAUGAUAUUGCUAAAGAGUUGCUCCACAAGUUUGAGAAUGCUCCAUUGCCAGAAAGGGUAAAAAAAAAUGUUACUCCACAAGUUUAUAUCGAGCAGAUGAACAGAAAGAUUGAAAGACAAGUCAUGAAACUGAAGAAGAAGAACGAUGAGAGAGACAUGUCAAAUUUCUUGUACAAAAUACAUGAGGGUAAGUCUUUAUCGGAUCUUGAUGCUAGCGAUAUAUCUCGUUUACUUUGUUAUGUGGAGGGAAAGUUGAAGUGUGGUGGAGUAAAAGUUGACAUUUCUAAACAACAGUUAUCAACUUAUAAACCUCCGACACCACUGGUUUCUUUUCCUCUGCAGAAUGACAUUGAUUCUUGUGCGAACAUAGAUGAACAAGUUUUUCAACAACAAUCAUCAUUAGAUUCAACGAAAGAAACUGGUCCAAUGAACAGUGAUUCUGAUAAUAAGGGGUUGUCUCAAGUCAGUGUUGAAAGUUUGAAUUUGGAUGAUACUGAUGUGGUGUUACCUUCUGGAAAUUUUAAUGAUGUGAUUGAUGAUAAUGACUUGGCAUUUGGGAUGAUAUUGCCUCAAGAUAAUUUUAUAGAUCUUUGUGAUAAUGGUGAUUUAGGACUUUUACAUGGGAGUUCUUCAGGUGAAAUUACAGGCAAUGACAUAUAG